AUGGCGACCAUCCCUUGCCCAUCCGCCUGCUUAAAGUCAAGCAGUCGGCAAUUCUCGUCCAGGUCAGCAUCAGCAAGGCUGUUGCAAUGCGACGCCGUGUCAUUCAGCGGCCUUCGUGCGACCACCUCCCGGUCGCAGGUCGCAGCUGCCAAGACCUCUAGACUAGCUCUACCCUCGCAGAGCGCCUCUCACGGCGUGGUGACAUGCGGGUUGGACGACUUCAUCGGCGGCGAUCUCAUCGGGCUGGAUCUCGGCCAAUGGGUAGACGACGUCGAGCGCUACGGCGCGGUCGGCUUCUAUUCGCCACCGGAGGGCGGCGCGGAGGGCCGCUAUGCUACGAGUCUGAAGUACGCGGGUUACCACAUGAUGAACAUCUCGGCGCGCGGCCUCGGCGACCCCGAGGCGUACCUCCUCAAGACCCAUGGCGUCCGCCCGCCGCAUCUGGGGCGGCAAGCGGUGGCGCGGUUCUACCUGCCGCCCGAGGUGGACCACCGGCUGGCCGUGCUGCCGCCCAAGUACAAGGGGCUCGUGCUCUGGAUCGGCGAGGCCAAGGUGCUGGCGAAGAACGAGCUGCAGUUCCUCACACUGCUGCCAGCGCUGCGGCCCAACGUGAAGCUCACGGCGUACCCUGACCUGAGGGUGGUGCCUGCUGGGUGGGUGUGCGUGUGCAGGCGCAAGUUCUACUGGAAGCCAAUGCAGGAGCUGGUGGGGCUGCCCACACCCGCCCCAUCAGCACAGGCUGUUCCUGCGGCCACGUCUGGUGCCGAGAAGAAAGAGGCUGUGCCUGCUUCCUGA